CAGACUCACUUGGAUAUUUCUCACCUUUCUUCAAUUUUCCUUUUCAGCGCUUAUUCCAUUUUCACCCCCCUUUCAUUUUUAACCAGUUAGUACAUCAAAAACACACUCUGAUUUUCCUGAAACCAUCCGUAAUAUUGCCGUUAUCUUACCAUUUCUCAGCCAUUCAAACCAAAACUUGUACGAAUACAGCGACCCAGAGCCCCUACACCACACCAUUGCAUAAUAUCACAAGUUCAUGGUUUUUUUCAUUUUCGGAUAAAAACACUAACACUGUUUUCUUACUGUUUAUUUUCAAAUUUUCUUCCCUAUGAACUUUCCUUGAGAUUUUCAACCUUUUUUUCUGCCCCCACAAUUCACAAACACACACCUCUCACUUUUCCGUACAUUCUGUCACUCAACUUGUGCGCUCCCUCAUUCCUUCCACUGCAUUUUUUUCUCUCUUCUCUUUGUUUUCUUUUCUUUCCUUUUUUUACCUCACACUUUCCUUCAAAUUUGUUCUUCCUUUCAAAUUCAUCUACUAGUUUUUGUUUUUUAUUUUUUGUUUUGUCUCUCUAUUUCUAGUACUUAUUAAGACGUGUCUAUCUCUCUCCCUUUACUUUCCACUUUCUCUUUAUUCUCUUCUUAAUUCCUUCCACCAAACGAAUUUUUCCCUCUCCACUUUUCAUCACUUCAAAUGCUAAUAACCCCAAAAAACUGAUACACUAAAUCAAAACCUUAACAUACCUUCGUCCUCAUUCUUCAACAUGACUCUGUCACCAACAAAGAAACACACUCACCGCAUCAACCUCACCAAAGAAAACACUCCGGACCAUCCAUUUCCUAAAAUAGUCAGAAUAACAUACACAGACAAAGACGCUACAGACUCCUCCAGCGACGAAGAAGAAGCUUCAAAACAUAACCGAACUAAAAAGUUUGUUAACGAGAUUAUCAUAGAGCCAUGCCUGAGCGAGAAUAACGGCCGUGGCCGCGGCAGCGGCGGCGGAGGCGUUGUUCCGAGGAAGAGGAACAGAACUAGCAGCGGUGGAAAAACAAGAGCUCCGGCAACUCGGCGAGUCACCUCCGGGCAGAAAUACAGAGGAGUUAGGCAGAGGCCAUGGGGAAAAUGGGCGGCAGAGAUAAGAGACCCGUCGCGUGGCGUGCGCGUGUGGCUUGGCACGUUUCAAACUGCUGAAGAAGCUGCUAUUGUGUACGACAACGCGGCUAUUAAGCUGCGUGGUCCCGACGCGCUAACUAAUUUUAUAACUCCACCUGCCACGUGUCAACAAGUAUCCCCCGAAAUUGAAAUUCCUCCUCAGUUACAGUUACCGAUACCGGUGAGCGACGGUUACAUCUCCGGUAACGAAUCUCAAUUUCAAUCUCCAACUCAGAGCAGUAAGAGUUUGUUUUCUCCUACUUCCGUUCUACAGUGUUGUUCAUCUUCCGAAGAAGUAGCUGAAUCCGUUACAACCGAUAAAGAAUCUGAAUCACUCUUUUCAAUUCCAAGUGAUAUACUAUUUGAUUUCCAAGGGUCUUCACCGGCGAACGACGAGUUUAACAGCUUCAACAGCUUACCGGAGAACAUGUUCUACGGUGAUGUUGAUUGUUCGGAGUAUUUCAAUUUCGAUUUCGAUUUCGGUUUUGAAAGCUUGCAUACGCAUAAGGAUGAAGAUUUUUUCCAAGAUAUCGAUGAUUUAUUUGCUUCAGAUGCUCUUGUUGCUCUUUAAUUAUAUGGAUUAGUUAUAUAAUUAACUAUAAUUAGUAGGAUUCUCGUUGUUUUGUUGGCUUCUUAGUCUGCAAAUUUUGUAUCAGCGAGAAAUGACUAUUGUAUUAAGUUUAACUAAUUAAUUUCUUUUCUCUAUUAAUUCUCUUGGUUUGUUGUUUUUCAUAUUUGCGCUGUAAUAGAGUACAUUAGUACAAGUAAUGAAUGUUGAGUCCUUUGAAGCUUUGA